GCAGUUGUUCUGUCCUUCCUUCUCUCUUGACUUUAUCUUGGUAUACUUACGCUGCCGUUUAAUUCUGGAACUCUACUCGGCGACAGGUCGUCCUAAUAACGAAAUCCUUGAACUUGAAUUCCGCUCAAGCACCUUCGCGUCCGUCACGUUUGCACGAUACCCUUUAACAUACCCACAAUGGCUGCCGCAUUGGGAGCUCUGGAGAGCAUGUUCCACGAAUUGACUGCGUCGAGGUACAUGAGUGCCGUUGGCCUUAUGGUUCUCUUGUAUGACCACGCAUUGACGUUCGGGGACGAGGUGCAAUAUAUUUGGUCCGCCCCUGCAACAUACGCAAAAUAUAUAUUCCUGCUCAAUCGAUACACCGUGUUGGGCACCCUCCUCGCCGUUGCAUAUGAGAUGUGCGGUUUUGUGAACUCGUCGUUCACAGAUACAAGAUGCAAACAGUUCAUCUUCACGUGUUCUAUGAUAGCGGUUGUCUCAGUCGGUAUCGCCAAUCUUCUCACGCUCCAGCGAGUAGUCAUCCUCUGGGAUCAUCGUCCGGUCAUCUUGAAGAUCAUGACCGUAGGGUUUGUCAUCAGCUUCGGUGCCCAGGUCGCCACCAUGAUUGUCACGCUGAUCAACAUGCUUCCAUUCAUCACAUGGAACACGUCAUUGGGGAUGUGCGUCGCCACGAAAACCUCGCAUCUCUUGAUCGGGGUUUGGGCAUGUCCAAUGGUCUUUGAAUUAUUCGUUCUCGGCUCGACAGCUCUUAAUGCCCUUGAUCGUCCGCGAACGGUGGAGCUCCCGAUCGCCAAGGCGUUGCAAGAGGACGGGAUCCAGUUCUUUGUCUUCAUCGCCGCCCUCCGCAUCCUCAACAUCGUCUUCGCCGCACUAAAUCGUCCAUCGUUUAUCUUCCUAGCGGUAUUUUUCAUUUGGGCCAUGACAACGACUAUCCUUGGCCGCCUCCUCAUCCACCUCCGGCGCACCGAGUGUCGCCCCCCACCCAUCCUCGACCCACACUCGGAGCAGUACGAUCCCUCGCUCGCCGUGGACGUCGAAGCAGACGCCUAUAUAGCAGAGUGGGACCGCCGCCGCAACCGCGCGAUUUCGCCCUUUGGUCUCGUCCCACUCAACAAGCGCAUAUCGAACGGGUCCGCGCAUUCCGCGCGCUCGGACGCUGAGUCCGCCUGGGGAAACUCACCGGACAACUACGACGACGUGCUUCAUAUCGCGCCCGCGCCGCUGGUGUACCACUACAAGAAACGGGCGCACGACCCGAACAUUCGGCCGUGGGACUAAGUUGUUGUUCCAUCGGCAAGAUUGUUUCCGUAUCUCGGACCUCGCGUGUUGUCCUUCCCACCGGCUCCAGGCGAGAAGGCCUACGAGUGCAUGCUGUCAGAGCCGGACUGGCCAUUGCAUCCAGCCACGAAUGGGCAUCGUUCAGUUGGCUGGGCUGCUCUAUUCGGUGUGUAUCGAUCCCUUAUAUCCGACGGUUCGGAUACAUCCGUGCCGUGCUCCACGACAGCUCCUUGCGUGGACAAAAGUAUUGGCACAGCGAAUGGCCAUGUCUCCGUCCCCAUGGAGAAGCGCUGUCCUACACUAGGACAGAAACUCACCUCUCCGUGAAUUUCGGGAUUGCCACACUCCCGGGCCCACCCAUAAUGUGAGUCAGCGAGCGAGCAAUGUACUCCAAUAGCGGUAAAGUAGGCUUUCCGUCGGACAUGACAUAUGCUUGCGUAUGUAGAUAAAUGGAAACCCCUUGUCCUCG